GUUGACUCACUCGCGAUGAACGUGGACUUCAUCGAGUCGGGGAAGGAAUUCGGGGGACAAGUGGUUAACUUAUUUCCUGCCGUGAAGGAAUUAGGGUUGAAUAUGAAUAUGAGCAACGCACAACUUAAUCCCAAUCUCACCAUUGACCGGAUUUUCGAACCGUUCCAAACCUUAAAUUUGGAACGGGUUAUCAUUCUCGUGGCUGGGCUGAAUCAAUCCAUCGUGUUGAUUGAUGUCCUUAAAGCUAUGUCCGCUUUGAAAGGAACUAAAAGUGUUCGGUUCUGCAACACUCGCAUCGCAGAGAGUGAGUUUUCACCCCAGAUUCAAAAUCUCAUUUUGCUCAGUAGGGGAUUUAAGAGAGUAGAAAUCUCGGGUCUUGAGGAACCGGAAAUCGUGGCACAAAUGCGACCCAUGUUUGAAGCUAGUGGUGCCCCCAUUAAUUUUACGGGAGGAGUGUUAUGGAAUAACCAAAUCUAGCCGGGAAACGAUCUUGUGGGAAAUUCCAUUUGUUAGGCCAUAAAAAGUAUGAGU